CAGCUCGCAUGAAAGAACGUUCCAGGAUUUGCAUCUCUGCUUGGCGAUGGCGAUGGCACUGGCACGCGGCCCUCAGGGCCCUCGGGGUCCACUGCAUUUGCCGUCACAUCCAGUUCUGGCUCGGACUCCAUGUCGGCGAACUGGAGCUGCAGGGCUCCACUGUUUCGCAACAGCUGCCGUCGCCGUGGCGGUUCAGCACAGCCGGCGUGACCGCAAGUACCGUCGCAUCGCUGUGCGUGCCGAGUCCUCGCGGACAGUGGAGAAGGAGACUCCCUGGUUGGAAAUCGCCGGUGCUGUGGCAGUGGCUUUGUUGGACAUUUUCAAGGGGCCUCCUGAGGAAUCCACAGAUGCCACCGCUCCGGGCCUCAAGGAGAUUGGCAAGCCAGUAGCAGAAGCUUUGGCGAGCUGCUCCUUGCAGGAUAUUCGCAGUGGGGAGACUGUGGAAGCAUCGAAGCUGCUAACGACGCGCUCCGGCAUUUUUUUCCUCACUCACUGGGGAGAUUUCAACUCCUGGGAAGUUGCGCAGCAAGUCCGCACGGCGAUCCAGGCAAAGCGGCUUGAUGCGUCUUCUAUUUGCUUGGUUGGUAUUGGCUCCCAAAGCUCUGGUGCCAAAUUUGCCGAGAUGUUGGAGCUGCCUGCUGAUGUCAAAAUCUACACUGAUGCAAGGGCUAGCUGCUAUUCGGCGCUUUGCUUCAGCCGUGGCGCUUUGCCACAGUACUCAGAGCAACUGAAUCCAUAUCUUCGAGUUUUCCUUAUGCUUUUGGGAGUUGGGUCCCCAGGAACCAUUCGCACAGUGUUGGGUGGCUACAUUGGGGAUCGCUCCCGACCGAAUAGCGCUACUGCUUGGAUCGAUGACGCGUUGCGGCAGGGUGCCAAGAAGGGACGGUGGCCCACGGCAGUUCCUGACCUCUUAGGUGACUGGAAGAUGCUGGAGCUGGCUGAAGUGGGCAACGGCGUUUGGGACGAAGGCUUCGGCCAGGAAGGCCUCAGACCCUUCGAGUUGGCCACCAUCCGGCUACAGAACAUGGUCGGAGGCAUCAUUGCCAAUUGGAGUGAUUUGGCGCCUGAAGAUGACGAACUGCUUGUGCAGCAAGGACUCCUGCUCACAUGAUUCUGGGCAUGUGUUUAAAACAUAUUUGCCCUUGUAGACUUCGUUGUUCCCUCUUGUUGCAAGGGGGAGUUGUGAUCACGAAGAAUGGAAAGGUUACCUACUACUACCGAGACAAGGGAAUUCUGACCUACGUGCCAAUGGAAGAUGCUAUUAAAGCACUUCAAUGAAGCUUCAUGGGAUUUCUGGACCUGGAUGCGAUCAACUCCAUGUGGUCCUCACGAUUCAGGCAUUGCUGUGACAACAAAAAAGUCCUACAUUUCUUCAGGGACAGUGUGCAUUGCUGCCGGGGUGAGUAAUGGCGUGCACAUUGAACGGGUUCGAUUGGCAUGCCACUGGCUCCAUCACAGCGCAGGUGGUGUUAGGCAUAAAUGGUGUGGCGAC